GAAUUAUUUUUUCCCCAUCCCGUUGCACGCAUGAUGGGAUUAGUUUCAUGUCUGGUUUUUGAAUCUGGUCCUAAAAGCAGCAUACUAAAAUCUUCCCAUUUCCAGUUUUAUUACACGACAACACUCCCCACAGUUGAAGUGGCAAGAAAGAAGACCCCAAGUCUCACAAGCAAGUCCAACACCCCGUCAACCAUGAGGCUGUGGCCGGCGCCCAGAUCCUCCGUCGUCGGUGGCUUAGGAAUCGCUGCUAUUUCCUAUGUAGCAGUAGAUUAUCUCCGCCAUAUUUCCCCAACUUUGCACGACAGACUUCAGCCUGUACUCUGGUUGCUGCUUAUCGUAAUCGCCUUCUCGCGGGUCCCCUUCUACAAACACUGGGUCGCCGAGUUCCGCGCCGUCGUUCCUUUUGUAGCUUCAGUGCUCUUCCUUCUCGCUUGCCUCCUCUUCGAAGCCCUCUCCGUUCGCUCCGUGACCGCCGCCCUCGGCCUCGAUUGGCACCACCAAACGCCUCCUCUGCCUGACCCGGGACAGUGGUUCCUUCUUUGGUUGAAUGAGCAACUACCCAAACCAUGGGUUGAGCUACUGAGAGCCAGAAUCGUAGGGCUGCAUCAUUUCCUAAUGUUGUUCAUAAUGCUGGGAUUCUCUGUCCUAUUCGAUUCUGUACAAGGUCCUGGCCUUGGGUUGGGAGCAAGGUACAUCUUUACCAUGGCAAUUGGACGUCUCCUUCGAACUAUGACGUUCGUAUCAACAAUUCUUCCAUCAGCUCGACCCUGGUGUGCUGCAUCUCGUUUUCAAGUCCCUCCAUACCCUCAUUCAUGGCUUCAAAAAUACUACACCCCUUAUGCCUCUGAUCCUAAUUCUAUACGACAGAUAUUGCAAUCUGAUUGGGCUUAUGCUGAGAUACCGGAAUAUCCUUCAGAUUAUCAACCAAAUUGGGGCAGAAUGAGCUUCCUCAUAGAUUUCUUACGACCAAUUAGCGGAGAAAGAUCGACGUGGUACGGUUUACUCACGAAAGCCGGUGGUGGUUGUAAUGACCUUAUCUUCAGCGGGCACAUGCUUGUUUCAGUUCUAACUGCUAUGGCUUGGACGGAAGCAUAUGGAGGAUUUACAUCAGCUUUCAUAUGGAUGCUCGUGCUCCACAGUGCACAACGAGAAGUACGAGAGCGCCACCACUACACGGUCGACUGCGUGGUGGCAAUUUACGUUGGUGUCCUUCUAUGGAGGGUGACAGGUUUUGUAUGGCCACCUCGCAAAAGUGGCAGACGUGUUGCGAGGCUGGAGAAGGUGCAAGGUAGGCUGAUCCAAGCCGCAAAGGACUCCGACAUGGAAAAAGUGAGGGAGCUUCUGAAUGAGGUUGAAAUGGGGGAUGAGGAAGGAGUGGAGGAGAAAGGGUUGAGCAGGUUGAUGUGGACUUUCUCUGGUGUGACUGUUUUCUCGGUGCUGACACUGGUGAUUCUGGCAUUCACUUGGACCAGUGAUGGAUGAUUCCUCCAUUUCGCCACAGCACUUUCUUUCUGAAUUUUGCUUUUGCUAUGGCUAAAGUGUACCACUAUGUAUUAUGUAAUGCAUCCGAGUAUUAUAGCAGACAUUUUUAUUGAUCAGUUUAGCUGUCUCGAUAGGUGGUUAUCAUGAUCAUCUUUUAUUGUUGUGUUGGAAGAACUCGAUCUUCAGUGGUUGCAGAGAGAGAUGUGUGAACAUGUCACCUGGCACAUGGCGAAAGCCUAAGGCACGGAAUUGCAACUAAUACAAUCGGUGAUCAAAG